CUCAAAAGCCAACUAAGAUCUGUCUAGUCAACUUGAGGAGAUCCAACAAGUUAAAUUUUUGUCACUAUACCGGAAAUCAGUCGGUUUAUGUCAAUAGACUGGGCAAUUAAUUGGUUCUAAAUCAGUCGCCGAUUUGUUUGACUGAUUCGGUUCAAUUUUCAGCGAUAGGGCAGCGCUGAGCGAUAGGGCAGCGCUGAGCGCCUAAGAGACCGGUAAUUUGGUUAGGCUCGAUAUCUUCUGUUUGCUUCUCCUAGAUCUGAAACCCUAUUUCUUUAUUUCGAGCCAUGGACUCCAAUCUUGCUUUGCUUGCUUCGGAUCACUCAAAUCCUUCGAUUUUGACUCCUGAAGUUUUCAAUGGUUCUUUGCCUGAAAUAAACGAUUCUGUAGCAAAGUCUGAACGACCUUUACUAUCGGAGAAUGGUGUUAAGGAGACGUUGAAUGGUAAUGACAAGGAUCAAUCUGGCGGAGAAGAGGAGACCACAAACAGGAGAAAACGUCGAAGUCGGUGGGAUCCUCCGCCUACUCAAUCGGUUAAUAACCCUGUCACCGAAGGUGGUGGUAGCGGUAGUGAUUCCAAAACUGGGACGAGGAAGCGUAAGUCUAGAUGGGCGGAUGAUGAGCCGAAACCGGUAAUACAACUACCUGAUUUUAUGAAGGAUUUCACCAGUGGUAUCGAGUUUGAUCCCGAGAUUCAAGCUUUGAAUAGUAGGUUACUUGAGAUCAGUAGGAUGUUGCAGUCUGGUGUGACUUUAGAUGAUAGACCGGAAGGACAAAGGUCUCCUUCACCAGAGCCUGUGUAUGAUAACAUGGGAAUUAGGAUAAACACUAGAGAGUACAGAGCUAGAGAGAGAUUGAAUAGAGAAAGACAAGAGAUCAUCUCUCAAAUCAUUAAAAAGAACCCUGCUUUUAAACCCCCGGCGGAUUAUAGGCCUCCUAAGCUCCAAAAGAAACUUUUCAUUCCGAUGAAGGAUUUUCCCGGUUACAAUUUCAUCGGUCUUAUUAUUGGUCCCAGGGGGAAUACUCAGAAGAGAAUGGAGAGAGAAACAGGUGCUAAAAUUGUGAUUCGGGGCAAAGGGUCUGUAAAAGAAGGUAGGCUCCAGCAGAAAAAGGAUUUAAAAUACGACCCUUCGGAAAAUGAGGACUUGCAUGUUUUAGUCGAGGCUGAGACUCAGGAAGCUCUUGAAGCUGCUGCUGGUAUGGUUGAGAAGCUGUUGCAACCUGUUGAUGAGGUGCUGAACGAACACAAGAGGCAACAACUCAGGGAGCUUGCCACCUUGAAUGGAACAAUAAGAGAUGAAGAAUUCUGUAGGCUGUGUGGUGAGCCAGGACAUAGACAAUAUGCGUGUCCUUCUCGUACAAAUACCUUUAAAAGUGAUGUUCUUUGUAAGAUUUGUGGUGAUGGUGGACACCCUACUAUUGAUUGUCCGGUGAAGGGUACCACUGGAAAGAAAAUGGACGAUGAAUAUCAAAAUUUUUUGGCAGAGUUGGGAGGAACUGUCCCUGAAUCUUCACUUAAACAGAGUCCCACCUUGGCUCUUGGUCCGGGAAGUAAUCCUCCGUGGGCUAACAAUGAGGGAAGUGGGGCAAGUACACAUCAUGGCUUAGGGUAUAUUUCAGCCAAACCUUCCAAAGAAUAUGAUGAAACAAAUCUGUACAUUGGGUUCUUACCUACGAUGCUUGAGGAUGAUGGUUUGAUUAAUCUGUUUUCACCCUUUGGUGAAAUUGUGAUGGCAAAAGUAAUCAAGGACCGUGUGUCUGGUCUGAGUAGAGGCUAUGGUUUUGUGAAGUACGCUGAUGUCCAGAUGGCCAAUACUGCCACUCAGGCAAUGAAUGGUUACUGGUUAGAAGGUAAAACACUUGCUGUUAGGAUUGCUGGUAAACAGCCAACGCCACCUGGACCUCCAGCUCCUCAGCCACCAACUCAAGCUUAUCCUCUUCCAAACCAGCCGUCUAGUGUCUAUUCUUCACAACAAUAUGCCACUGGUGGCCAACUGCCAAAUCCUCCCUAUUCAACAGUUCCAGUUCCUUGGGGUCCUCCUGUUCCUUCCUAUUCUCCAUAUGCUCCUCCCCCUCCUCUUUCGGGUUCUUAUCAUCCUCCCCCUGGUCAACAUAUUUCUCCUUAUGGAAUGAACUACCCACCACCACCUACUCCUCAUGUGAUACAAGCUCCUCCACCUGGCACCGUUUCUAGUGAAAGCCAACAAAACUUCCCACCAGGGGUACAAGCAGACAAUGGUACUACUGCUUCAUCUGUGCCAACGAGUGUCUAUAAUAACUCUUUGCCUAGACAGCCUCCGUACAUUAGUUAUCCAUCUUAUUACAAUGCUGUUUUACCUUCACCGCCACCAGCACCGGCUUUGUCUACUGAUCAUUCCCAAAGCGUGGGUUACAACAUCCCACGGGCUAGCAAUCCUCCUAUGUCAACAUCUGAUCACUCACAAGGUCUUGGUAAUGCACCUUGGGCACCUAAUCUUCCUAUGCCACCUUCUGCUGGAUAUUCACAGAGCAUGGGGAACAUACCCUGGGCUCCCAAGCCUCCAGUACAGCCACCUGCAGAGAAUCCAUCUUCUAUUGGAGAUUCUGAGUAUGAGAAGUUUAUGGCUGAGAUAAAAUAGCAUGUGUGUUCUGAGGAGUAACUCAUUAGGGAAGAAGGCGUGAUGUUUCUUGGAGCUCUUGUACCAUGAUUUCCUUACACCUUUCUUGUUGGAAGUUUGGGACUCACAUCUUAACCCUUGCUAUGCUGUUGUGAAAUAUGCAGAGAUACAGGCUGGAAGCUCCCCAAAUUCCAUACAGUUGCGCUUGAGAAAGGCGAUAAGAUUUUUAUUCAUGUUACUGAUAAUAAUUGCUGCUCUUUUGUAGGACUAUAUAUGUCUUGGUUCAUGUUUUAUUUCACAAUACUCAUAUUUACUGGUGACCAGUGUGUUAAAUCUGUCUUGAGCUCUCUCAUUUACUCACAAUUGCUUUUCACAAUUGCUUUUAUACCUUUCCAAUUUUGGAGCUUGAAACUUUUGGUGGUA